AUGCGCUUCUCCCUAUUUGCUCUCUUUUCUCUUCUCAGCGCAAGUGCUGUGGCGGCUGUCCCGCAGCUCAACGCGGCAGGAUGUAGUGUCAAUCCUACGAGAUAUGAAAUGCUCUCGAGUGAAAUUCAAUUUGCAAAGGAUCGCGCGGGUGUUGAUCUUGCUCUUCGUGCACCCAUUUCGCAGAUUAAUCCACAGCAGCCGGGAACCGGCAAGAGGAUUAUUCUUGUUGCAUGGCAUGUCAUCUAUGCCUCUCAGACGCUUUCAGGAGGGUAUCUUCCUGACUCUGCCAUCACCGAAUCUAUCAGAGUCCUCAAUAGAGACUUUAACAGCAUCUUCAAGUUUGUCCUGUUCAAGACCACACGCACGCUCAGUAGCGACUGGUUCUGGAACGCCGGUUAUGACAACCAGAAAUCCAAGGAUAUGAGAAACUACCUUCAUGACGGCCCUCAAUCUAUGCUUAACGUGUACUCGGUCAGUUUGGCAGGUGCUGGCGUGCGGGGUUUUGCGACUAUGGCAGCAGAAGUGAAAUGGAGAAAGCGCGAGGAUGGUGCAGUCAUCAGGUGGGAUACAGUUCCUGGCGGUGGCGGAACGGGACCGUACACAUUGGGCAGGACGUUGACUCACGAGGUUGGCCAUUGGGUAUGGAGUCUUUCACGAACACCUAUCACGCACUAA